AUGACUAUAAUAGCAACAACAAGAAGAAGCCUUUCGUGGGCUCUCCGCAUAGGCUGCGCAGUGCACGUCAUCCAUACCUUUUUCUACGAGAUCUCUGAAACCCAGGGUGAAUCCAUGCUGCCGACACUCAACUACUCGGGUGACUUUGUACACACAAACAAACUUUGUGCACGCGGCCGUGGGUGUCAGGUCGGCGACAUGAUUGUGGCCUUAAAGCCUACAGACCCAGCCCAACGUGUGUGCAAGCGUAUAACAGGUAUGCCUGGAGAUAUUAUAGCUGUGGACCCAAGUGUGGACUUUAAGGAAAACAGAGGAAAGGAACCAGCGUAUAUUAAAGUUCCUGAAGGGCACUGUUGGGUCACCGGUGAUAACUUGUCAAGAAGCUUGGAUUCGAGAUCUUACGGCGUGUUACCAUUAGGACUAGUCAAGGGAAAAAUAGUGGCAGUCAAUACGCGAGAUGGAGCGUUUCAAUGGUUGGGUAAUUCUUUAAAGCCUGCUGAAGAUUAA